UAAAUACAGAACUCAUUAGAAUUAUAUCUUAUAUUCCUUAAUUUCAACAACUCCAAUUCAAUUGUUUAUAUGUUAUCCUUUUAUGUCUGAAGUUUGUAUGGUUAAGAACCACUUCAGGUUUUACCCACAACAGCCAACAAACAAAAAAGUCCAAACUUUUUGAUUGUUUAUAAACUGAAGUUUCAGGUAGUACAAAUUUCUUGAUUCUGGGGCACAAAGUGAAAAUGGGUUUUUCUUUAUACUACAGCACUGGUGUGUGUAUGCCUGUUAGACCGGAAUUUGGAGUUCUUGUACCUGUAGUAUGUUCUGAACGGAAAGAACCUGGGGCAAUGCGUCUUCGAGUGCUAAGGAAAGUAGACAAUGAAUUGGCUAAAGGGAAUACUAAAACUGCACUUUCUCUUGUUAAGCAAUUGCAAGGGAAGCCCGGGGGUUUACGCGGUUUCGGUGGAGCUAAACAGGUACCUCUAAGACGAUACAGCCUGGAUGAACUGAAUCUGAGUGAAACGGAGAUUUCAACACUUCAACCAGUGAUGAAGUCAAUUCUGAAGUCUAUAAAUAUAAGUCUUCGCCUUGCUGCACUUCCAUCGGAGUCCCUUGAACGACUAGAGGAGGAAGGUAUGAAGCUUGACAUCGUGGAUGAUGUUCCCUGUGAAGAUUACCAUAGAAUGUGCACGCAACAUGAAGCUGGUCAUUUCCUGACUGCUUACUUACUUGGAGUACUUCCAAAAAGAUAUACAAUACCAAGUUUGGAAGCUAUGCGGAACAAUGAAUUAGUUGGAGGUCGAGUAGACUUUAUCGGGUUUGAGUUUCUUAGCAGUGUUAGAAGGAUGACAUCUUUGAAGGAUAAAAGGGAUGCUGGAAAAGUAUCCCCAAUGGAAAAUCGAGUUCAGGUGUCAUCUAGGAAUUAUAACAGGUUAUCAUGUGUGGCAUUAGGAGGAUUGACAGCAGAGUGCCUUUCAUUCGGAUACUCUGAAGGAAGCUUUAACGAUGUGGAACAGAUUGAAACAUUAUUCCAAUCUUUAGGUUUCACAAGGGCUGAAACAGAUGCCCAAAUUAAAUGGUCUGUACUGAAUACUCUUUCAAUGUUAAGUCGGCAUUACAGUGCAAUACUAAAACUAGCUGCUGCAAUGUCUUCUGGAAAAUCUAUUGGCUUCUGUAUUGAUACAAUUGAAAGUUCCUUGGUUGGAAGUGAAAUUUAGGUGCA